CUAUCAGUCUCCCUGUCAGUCGGACUCGAAUCUGUCAACUUCAACUUCAUCUUCCGGCAAAUGGCCGGAAAACCAUAUUGCCCUCUCCUAAGCUUAGGCAGGUAGUUGUCGAGCAGCCCUGUUCACCCCGAGAACUCGGACCGCGCCUCGACCCUGGUGCGUUGGUAUAUCGCAUGAUGUUCCAUGUGGCUGGACAAGCCCUGACGUUAUUUUGUUGAUCUCUCUCGUCACCUUUGUUACACGUGUACGGAUACUUGGCUUUUGGUGGUUUAGCCAAUUUGAGUGAGACCCAUCCCCGCCGAGCGCGGGCUGUGCCCAUUAUCUUAUCUGGGUCGACGCCAGGGGUCCCGAGCAGUCGCCAGUUGUCUCGAUCUAUCCCUCAUGGUAUCGUAGCUUUCCAUCUCUAAACUCUUCAAACCUCUACAAAAGUGUCAAGCGUAUAUACCUUGGGCGGAGCCAAGCCUUGCCAACGGCCAAACUCACCCCCAGUCCGACCCCCAACCACGCCCGCCUGCCUCUUGGAUCGAUACAAUGCAGGACUUGGAAACCCUGCGAAGGGGAGGCUACCGCGACCAAGGCCUCCAGAAGCUUAAACUAGCUGGGCCCUUGAAUGGAUUCCCCCGCGAGAUUCUAGACCUGGCCGACACCCUUGAGCAUCUUGAUCUCUCAGGCACUGGCCUCUCAAACCUUCCCGAGGACUUUGGCCAACUGCAGAAGCUCAAGGUCGCCUUUUUCUCGGAUUGCCACUUCACCGUCUUCCCCAGGCAACUCGCAGCAUGCCCCGAGCUCGAGAUGGUGGCUUUUCGAUCCAACGGCAUGACGACCAUACCGGAAGACGCAUUACCGCCCAAGCUUCGCUGGCUCAUUCUCACCAACAAUCGUAUCGAGGCACUGCCCAGGGGCAUUGGCCGCUGCUCGCGCCUCCAGAAGUGCAUGCUUGCUGGCAACAACCUCACCAGCCUACCGGGUGACAUGUCGGCAUGCCGCAAGCUCGGCUUGCUUCGUCUGUCUGCCAACAAAUUCGCCAAUUUGCCGCCCUGGCUCUUUGAGAUGCCCGAGCUCGCCUUCCUGUCGGUUGCGGGCAACCCAUGCUGCGCUGUAAGCCUCGCGGAGGAGCUUGCCCUGCUUCGCAAGGUGAGUUGGCACGACCUUGAGAUUGGUGGUCUGCUUGGUCAUGGAGCUUCCGGCGAUAUCUUCGAGGCGAGGUGGAUGGUAGCCGACGCAGUGAUGGAACAUGUGGCCGUGAAGCUGUUCAAGGGCGAAGUGACGAGUGAUGGGACGCCUCUCGAUGAGAUGGCCGCAUGCCUGGCCGCGGGCUCGCACGACAACCUUAUCAGCACUCUCGCGAGCAUCCAAGACCACCCUGAGAAGCACGGGCUGGUCAUGCAGCUCAUCCCGCCUCACUACCAGGCUCUUGGUCUUCCGCCUUCGUUGCAGACCUGCACUCGAGACAGAUACGAACCGGAGAAAUCACUGUCGCUCGGGACCGUCUUGGAGGUCCUGUGCGGAGUCGCCGCGGCCGCGCGUCACCUGCACCAAAGGAAGGUCUCCCACUGCGACCUGUACGCUCAUAACAUACUCUUCAACGAGACGGGCCAUGCGAUGCUCGGCGAUUUCGGCGCGGCGACAAUCUACGAGCACCUCGACAAGUUUGACUUUGAAAAGCUAGAGGUACUCGCAUUUGGCCAUCUCGUGGAAGACAUGCUUGAGUUGGUAAAGGCCGGAGAUGAGGACGAUGGCGGGCAGAAGGCUCUUCAGGGGCUGCGGACGCUGCACACUCGUUGCUCAACUUCGAUUGUACGUGAAAGACCGACUUUCGCGGAAGCAUUGGGAGAGGUGGAGUCGAUUACCGGCCGGUAACGCGGUUUGCCUCCUUCUCUAGAUGCUACGAUCCAUCAAGCCGGUAGUUGCAUGGCAAAAGGGACUGGCCAUGAUGAUGACAACAGCACGGGGUCUAUGAUUGAAGGGUACGUCAAGGGAGGAGAUGGAAUGGAACGAAACGAUAGGGGCCAUGGGAAUAGGCAGACCUAUAGAAACAAUGUAGAAAGCGAUACAGAUAGACACUUUGCUGAGCCCAG